UUGAAAGGUAGCCAGUGUACAACUGCAGCCACAAUGACAAGACUUACUCUACUCACAGGCCUUUGCCUGUUAUUGAUUCAUCUUGGUUCAGCCUAUCAGCUUAUAUGUUACUUCACCAACUGGGCCCAGUAUAGGCCUGAUCCUGUGAAGUAUGUGCCUACCAAUAUUGAUCCCUUCCUGUGCACACAUCUGAUUUACGCAUUUGCUAGAAUUAACUCUGCAAAUCAGCUGGCCACCUACGAGUGGAACGAUGAGACUCUCUACCAGUCAUUCAAUAGUCUGAAGCAAAGUAAUCCAAGCUUGAAGACACUUUUGGCUGUUGGAGGAUGGAACUUUGGUUCAACUCAAUUCUCUAUCAUGGUGUCCACACAAGCAAACAGAAAUACAUUCAUCCAGUCCUCCAUAAGCUUUCUCAGAAAUUAUGGAUUUGAUGGCCUGGAUCUAGACUGGGAGUAUCCUGGAGCCCGCGGCAGUCCUCCAGAGGACAAGCAAAAAUUCACUCUGCUCUGCAAGGAGCUUCGACAGGCCUAUGAGGCUGAAAGCAAUGCGACAGGACGACCCCGGCUUAUGGUCACAGCUGCAGUGGCUGCUGGGAAAUCAACUAUAGAUGCUGGAUAUGAAAUUGCAGAGAUUGCCAAGUACCUGGACUUCAUUAGCGUGAUGACCUAUGACUUUCAUGGGACUUGGGAAAGUUUCACUGGCCAUAACAGUCCUCUGUAUCAAUGGUCUCAGGAAACAGGGGAUCAAAUCUACCUUAAUACUAAUUAUUCGAUGACAUACUGGAAGAAUCAGGGUGCUCCUGUGGAGAAGCUGAGGAUGGGUUUUGCUACAUACGGCAGAACGUUCCAACUUUCGUCAACAGCGAGUGGUCUGGGAGCUCCAACAAGUGGCCCUGCUUCUGCUGGCACCUACACCAGAGAGGCAGGCUUUUGGUCUUAUUAUGAGAUCUGCAGCUUCCUUCAAGGAACCAGCAUACAAUGGAUCCAGGAUCAAAAAGUACCCUAUGCCACGAAGGGGGGGCAGUGGGUUGGCUUUGACACCACGGAAAGCUUUAACACAAAGGUGACCUACCUCAAAGAUAAUAAUUUUGGAGGGGGCUUUGUGUGGGCUCUUGAUUUGGAUGAUUUCACUGGACAGUUCUGUGGACUGGGAAAAUACCCUCUCAUCAGCGAGCUCAAGAAACUCCUAAACAAUGCUGCUCCUGUUGAAGGUCCUCCUGCUGAAACUACUCCUAUUGCAGGUCCUCCUCAAGAAACUCCUCCUGCUGAAACUAAUCCUGCUGAACCUAAUCCUAGUGAAACGAAUCCUGCUGAAGUUCCUACUGCUGCAGUUCCACAUCAGUAUUGUGCAGACAAGAAAAAUGGUAUCCGUCCAAAUCCUUUUGAUGUAAAAUCUUUCAUCCAUUGUGAUAAUGGGAGAACAUUUGUACAACCCUGCCCUGCUGGCACCAUCUUUGACAACAGCUGCCAGUGUUGCAACUGGCCAUUUAUUGCAAUUUAAGACUAAUUUCUACAUGGCUACACACCUGGUUUGAUAUUUAUGCAAGCACUUUAUUUCUUUAGCUGUAAAAAAAAGAAAUAAUAAUUCCAUAAAGUUUCCAUUUUAAAUCUUUUAUAAUAGGAUUUAAUUAGGACUAGUAUUUUCUAUUUUUAUAUACUAUUGGCUUGAAACAAAUAUGCCAUAUAAACAGCCACACAAGUUA